UUUUUUUUUUUUUUUUUUUUUUGUGUUUUUUUUUAGUUGGGUUAUGUGAUCCUGUGUUUGUGGAAUUAUUAUGAGGUAAUCCUCCAGAAUCUAUCUUUUCAGUCAUUCUUCUCCCAUUAAAUUUAAACACCCAAUUCUCUCCCUUUUAAUAAUCUCUUCCUCUUGUUCUGAUUUUUAUAAUCUUUUUUAAGUUUGAAACAAAGAAAAAGUUUAAUCAUUUAGUCUAUUUCAAGUGUUUGGGUUAAGAAAAGUGUGAUCUUGGGUUGUUUAUAUAAUCUGGGUUUUCUCAUGAAACUGUGUUUUGUUUAUUUAUAAAGAGCUGAUUAUAUAUAUAUAUAUAUAUAUAUAUAUGCUAUUUGGAUAAGCCUUUUUGGGUUUUGAAGUUAUCCAAAGAGACAAACAAAAGAACAAAAGAUAUUUGCUUUAUUUUUUUCCAAGUGGGUAUCUUGAAGGGAACACUAAAAAAUCAAAUUCAACAAAAGUGUUGAACUUGAUUUUUGAUUGUGAGGCCAUUAUAGUUUUCCCCUUCUUUCUGGGCUCACUCAAUAGUUAAAGAAGAUAUUUUUAUGAAUUUUUAGGGGAAAAGGUCUAAACUUUUUUGUGUGUUUGGAAAAUUUGGGGUGAAGAAGAUUAUGAGAGGAGUAGGAGGAGAGAAAAUUAGUAUGAGUGGUGGUAUUAUGUUUCCUAGGCUUCAUGUUAAUGAUGCAGAUAAAGGAGGUCCAAGGGCACCACCAAGGAAUAAAAUGGCUUUGUAUGAACAGUUUAGUGUUCCUUCUCAAACAUCUCUCACUAAAUCACCACCUAAACAACAUAAUAACAAUACCAACACCACCUUUCUUUCUUCCAUUUCCUCACCCCAAGCUUCGGGUUUUCCAAGUUCAUUCACCCCAUUCCGCGAUUCCACCGCACCUUCAAAUUUGGCUACUUCUUCUGGCGGUGGUGGAAUGAUUAAGUUAAACUAUCAAAGGUCAGACUCAGAUGCAUCUGGUGGAAUUAAGUCGACAGCUAAAUCUGUUUCGUCGUCUCAAACUUGCAAUUACUCUCAAGUUAAGAGCUUUUCUUUCAAGAUGCCUGGCAAUGACAAUAAUGCUGUUAGAUCUUCUAUGUCGGGUAGUCAAAGUAAUAAAAUCCCACGUAGUUCUAGCACUCAACAAAGCAAAGACAGUAAAAGAUUGCAUCAUAAAAGCUCAUGUGAAAACAUAAAGUCAUCAGGACACUCAGUGAGGGAACAUUCUGAUCAAAACACAAGACCAUCAUCAUCGUCGGUGAGGAUUAGGAAGGAGCAUGUGGAGGUGUUGAAUCAAGAAAGUCAUAAUAGUUCAAGGAAUGUUUCUUCUAGCAAAUUCCUUGCUAUGUGUGAGAAAGUUAUAGUUAGAGAUAACAAUGUGGUGGAACCAAAGGCAAGAGUUGGAAUAAGUGAAUCAUUUUCGAGGCAACUACUUACGACAAAAGAUGAUGAUGGUGGUAUCGAGUCUGAGAAGAAUUGUAAGACCCCAACAACAGGCAGACAUGUUGAUGGUGAUGAUGUUCGAGAGGUUUCCAUGGUCGAUGCUACAUUAUCGAUCUUGAAUGUUCGCCCCGAUGAUGUUGUACAUGUGAUAGGUGAAAAGCAAUUUUGGAAAGCAAGAAGAACUAUUACCUAUCAACAGAGGAUCUUUGCAUUGCAAGUGUUCGAGUUGCAUAGAUUGAUAAAGGUUCAAAGGUCGAUUGCUGGAUCGCCAGAUGUAUUGCUCAAUCAUAGCGCCUAUUUGCACAAGUCACGAGCAAAACAAGCGUCUCCUCAAGUGAAGAAAACACAAUCUGAACACAUCAAUGUGAAGAAGCCACCAGCAGCAGUUGUCAAGCACAAAAAUUGUCACGAUCAGAAGCUACUCGGUCAAGAGGAUGAUACAGUAGUUAGGAAGCUUCGUCUUCCUUAUAAAGGAGGAGUCUUUACUAAACAAUCGAGUUAUGAUGAAUACUUGAGAAACCCGACACCAGCAGCAGCAGCUCCUCGUCCUCCUCCUGCAGCGAUGAACAAUUCAGCUGCGUGGCCUUUCCACUCUGCAUCGGGAAAUCAGUGGUUAGUUCCAGUUAUGACACCUUCUGAAGGACUUGUUUACAAGCCUUAUUCAACUCCCGGCUUUGCUGUACCAAAUUAUGGGAGUUGUGGCCCUAUGAGCUUAAACGCUGGAAGUACUUAUGGCGGUCCAGGUCCAGGUUCGGGUUCAGCUUGUAAUAAUAACACUAAUGAUCAUAAUCAUAGUCAUGAUCAUAAUCAGCAAGCAGUUGGAACACCUGCUAUGAUGGGUAAUCAGACUUACUAUCAUCCUCCACCUUUCGGGUUACCAGUAAUGAAUCCUUUUGUACCGAGUUCAGGUGUGGAACAGAUGGUACCAUUUGGCAUAGGCCGAACGAAUGAGGCAGAAUACAAUAAUCAGUGUUCAUUUGAGGAAGUUAACUUCACAAAACCGCCGUCACACCUGCAGAGUUCAUGUAACAUAUCGAGUCAAAUGAGUCGAGCAAUGUCAUAUCCUGCUGGCGAGGCAUUUCAAGGCUCGAAAGGGAUGAGCGAGUUACAACAACAGACAAGUACAGCUAGUAGUUCUUCGGAAAGGAGUAGAGGAGAUGCUACUCCUCUUCCCCUUUUCCCUAUGGGACCAACCCCGGCUCUUGAUGAGCGAGUUGAUCAAAAUACCGACGAUGAAGAAGAAGAAGAAGAAGAAAGUAGUAAGCAUCGUAGUCAAACUCGAGUUAUCAAGGUUGUUCCACAUAAUGCAACAUUAGCAACUGAAUCAGCAGCUCGGAUAUUUCGAUCCAUACAAGAAGAAAGGAAGCAUUUGCAGUUAAUCUCAUCUUGAAUCAUAUAUUAAUUUGGAAACUCUAAAAGUUAAGCUAAGCUAACUAACAUGAUAUGAUACCUUGUAUGAUGAUUAUUUUGUAUUUAUUUUUACAAAAUCAAAAGUUGAUAAUUUUGUAAAAGAAAAGAAAAAGACCAAAAUCACAAUGCUUGACUAAAUCUAUUGACUCAAUUUUUUGGGCAAA